UCUCUGCUCAUUUUCGUCUCGCCUUUGUUCUCCCUCAGACAUAACACAAACACUUACGUUUCUCAUUAAAAAAAAAAACCAGCAUGGGAGGACCUCAACAGCGAUUCCGUGGCGUUCGCCAAAGACAUUGGGGUUCUUGGGUCUCUGAAAUUCGACACCCCAUCUUGAAGACUAGAAUAUGGCUAGGAACAUUUGAAACGGCAGAGGAUGCAGCAAGAGCGUAUGACGAGGCGGCAAGGCUUAUGUGCGGGGCCAAAGCACGAACCAAUUUCCCAUACAAUCCCAAUAACACCCAAUAUUCUUCAUCAACGCUUCUCUCGGCUACCUUGGCAGCUAAGUUACAUAAAUGUCACAUGGCAGCACUGCAGCUGGCAAAGAAAAAUGCAGCAAAAGACUCUUAUGCAACAACACAAUGUCAAACUUCGGCUGUUCCCGGAAGCAAUAUUGAAGGAACCGAUUGCUGGCGGCAUCCGGAGAAUAAUUGGGAAGGAAACGAAGAAAGUCAAGUUGGGAGUGAAGAACAGUUCAUCCCACUGGAAGAUGAUGAUGUAGAGCAGAUGAUAGAGGAAUUGCUUCAUUAUGGAUCUAUUGAACUUUGUCCUGUAGGUUCAACCUUUGUCUAAAAUGCAAGCAUUUCCCAUACGUGUUAAUGGAAUUGCUUC